UCUAUUGUCCUUCCUACAACAAAACAAAGAACAGACCAGUCCAUCCCGACUGUCCUGUCCUGACGAUAACAGUAUAAAGUAUGGGCAAGAAGCACAAAAAGCACAAAUCAGAGAAACGCGCAUACGACGAAUACGUGGAGAGACCAUUGAAACUUGUUUUGAAGGUGGCGGGUAAUGAGGUGACUACAGGAAGUACUAGUCUGGAAAACGUCUACGAAGAGUCGGUGGAUUACGAUAAACAUAAAGAUAAGAAGAAGAAAAAGAAAAAGAAGGAAGAUAGAGACCGAAGUAACCCGGGUUCACCUAUUGACGAAAAAAGAAGGAAGAAGAUGACGAAAAAGAGGAAAGGCCAAGACCCAGUAUAUUCUGACUGGGGGGACGGAGACCUGAGUAGAGCUUCUAUGCGAUCAGAUAUGUCGCAGGACAAACCGAUGCACUCCUCCAUGGCAAAGAUGGAAGAUAAAGUGCAGACUCCUUUACAGGAAGCCCUUAGUCAACUCAUCAGGCAGCUCCAAAGGAAAGACCCCACUGCAUUUUUCUCUUUCCCUGUGACUGAUCUCAUUGCUCCUGGCUACUCUAUGAUCAUCAGACGGCCCAUGGAUUUCAGCACCAUGAAGGAUAAAGUCAAGAAGGAAUGUUAUCAGUCUUUACUAGAGAUGAAGACUGAUUUCAAGAUAAUGUGUGAGAAUGCCAUGAGCUACAACAAACCUGACACCAUCUACUAUAAAGCAGCGAAGAAGCUGCUUCAUUCUGGCCUUAAGAUUCUAAGUCCGGAAAGGCUUGAUAGCCUGAAGCAAAGUAUCGAGUUCAUGGCCGACCUGGACAGCUCCACCAGCCGGCCAGGAGAGGCAGGGGAUGGGGAGGGAGGCUCGGGCCCAGACCAGAGCAAAGGUCGCUCCACUCCCAUGGAGACCAGCGACUCCACCAGUCACCCUGCGGACCCAACAAAGAUGCUUCCAGACAGAGAUUCAAAGGAUGAGGUGCAGAAGACUGUCAGUCAAGCGGAGAAGGACCUGGAGGAGAUCCGGAAGAUCAUAGAGGAGUCUGACAACAAGCUCUCCAACCGUGAACUCCAGUGUGCGCUGGAGUUUGAGAGGCGAAAGCAGGAUGGAUCCACAUCCCUGGCCAUCCUCAACCCUGUUGACUUGAGCGCUGGUGAUCCAGGGUACUGCCCGGUCAAACUCGGCAUGAUGUCCGGGAGGCUGCAAAGCGGGGUCAACACACUCCAGGGUUUUAAGGAGGACAAGAGAAACAGGAUCUCUCCAGUGGCUUACCUGAAUUAUGGGCCCUUUAGCUCCUACGCUCCGGCUUACGACUCCAGCUUCGCCAACGUCUCCAAGGAGGACUCCGACCUCAUGUACUCCUUCUAUGGAGAGGAAUCCAACUCGCGGGGCUCUGACAGUAUGGCUAACUUCCUGUCCAAGUCUGAGGAGCACAUGAGCCGCCUAGGGGACAACAUGCUUGACGCUCUGACUAACGGCCAGCACUCGAAGACGCUCAAGGAGAUGGAGGCGGACAAUCCGGUCGUGGAGACACCAGUUACUGGCUCUGGUGCAGUGGAUGAUGAGGUGGUAGCAUCUCAACCCCGUCCAGUCAGUGGCAUGGACACCCUAAGUACACUCAAAGCCCUGGGCCUGGACUUCCUCAUACCCAAACUCGACUCGAAAGAGGCCCGGGAGUUCCAGGAGAAGCUGGACGAAACCACGCAGCUCAUCAACGAGCUGAACGAGGCCCAGAAGGAGCGGCUCAGCACACCCCAGCCCCCCAACAUCAUCUGCCUCCUCGCCCCCACAGCCAAGGAAGCACAGCUGGCUGAGAAGGUGACUGGAAACCUGGCUCUGCUGACCAGCCAGGUGACCCCAGGUGACGUGAGCAGCGUGUACGGCAUCAGGAAGGCCAUGGGCGUCGCGGUGCCCAUCGGCCCCGACGAGCCGCUCAUCGACCUCACCACAGUGCGAGAAAUGUCAGAACCAAUGGAGUGUCUAUCAGCAGGACAGGGCGACAUCCCGGUCAUUACCGUCUAGCAGCGUCCUCCCGGCUUCUAGGCCAGUCCCGUUGCCAAGAACCCUCUUUGUACAGUCGGUGCUGUUUUUUUUGUGUGAUGUUUGUAUCAAUAAACCUCUUUUGUAGUAA